GUGAGCUGUAGCCAUUUUAAGCUUAAACAGUCGUCCUUAAUCACCUACUUAGAUCCAAAUAGACUACUGAUCACGACUGCCGGUGAGUCAAUUAAAGAUCAUUGGGAACCGAACCGGCCUCCGAGCCGGAGCUCGGGAAUGGACUCUCGCCCGGACCUUCGUGCCCACGGAUAUUCCCUCCCCUCCCCUGCCAAGUCUCGCAUCCAUCGUCAACGACUGGAGCUCUGGCGUCAUCUCCGCCCUUUGAAGUACCGGAUCGUGGAUGGCAUGGUAGUAAUAUCAAAGAGCAGUAGAUCAUCGAAGCCAGGCCAGCCCAGGUCCGUUUCCCGCCUGGCGUUUGUAGCUUCUGGCUUUUGCUGUCUCUUCCCCGCACCCCGCAUCGCACCCCGGGUUCUUUACCGUGCAGUGGUUGCAUCCUUCACCUCGACGUUUUGUUUCUCAUCUGCCAUCUUACUCGGGAAUCCGUGUGCCAUCCCAGGAUAG